AUGCCUCUUCCCGGUCACCCUCCUUCCGCCUCGUCCACGUGUCAUGCGUCUUCUCUGUAUGCUGCGGGCCUCGUCGAGGGCUCGCUAGGCGGAAGUUCCUCAGCUGGCGCUGAAGGAAAGGCCUCGUCUUCCCGAGCCGCCGAUGGUUCCUCGUCGUCCGCUCUUUUGAAUGGCGAAGCAUCCAUGAUGACUGCAGCGGCGCCCUCGCCCUUUGCUCCGACAGCGUCUUUGUCGGUUUUUUGUGAAGCUAGCCAAAAUGCAGUUGAAACGGCUCCGCAGCUCACCGUCGCAGACUGGAGCGGCGGGCGUUCCGCCCAAGCGUCCAGCGCGACUCUGCAGCCUCCCGCCUCAAACUCCGCAUCGGCAGCCGUCCAGUCUGCUGCAGGAAGACGAAGAGGCAGGAGCCCUGGUCGUGCCUUGCCGCCCUCGAGCUCGCCAGUGGCGGGUGCGUUCCAUCAGCCGCUGCAGCGUGAGAUCGUUCUCAUGCACCGCCUGACUCAGGAGCAAUUCCAGCAACGCCUUGCAGAUGUGAGACGGUAUCGGCGGACGCUGCAAGUCAUAAAUUUUCGAAAUACCGUCUUCCCCUCUGCCUACUCGGCUGCACUCUUCCUCUCCGCCGCCGAGAAAGCGCCUCAACUUACUAAGGUCCUCAUGUACUACUUUGAUAGCCUGCCUCCGGCUCAGUACCGCGUCUUCUGCUACGGACUCGCGCGCUGUCGACACAUACGACACGUGGACGCCAAUGCGACGGGCGCGUCGGGCCUCUCAGCUUGGAGAACGCUUCUGCUGCUGAACAGACUCAAGACGUUUCCGGAUAUCAGGCAUGUGACGCUUUCGGGGAACGAGCUGGAGUCUUUCCGAGGCGGGAGGCGACGGUUCCCGCCUGCGAGCAAGGCUGCGGGAGAGUUGUCUCGGGCUUCGAGCGAUUCCGAGGACUUGGAUGAGGAGGAGAGACAAGAGGAGGAGAGCGAAUGGGCGCGAGACUCAGACUACGCCGUUGCAGAUGAAGCAGAGGACGCAGAUGGAAAGACGCGGGAAGACAAGAGGGACAAGGCUUCCGAGCAGGAGAUUGACGUGUGCUCGGCCCAAAAUGCACACCAGUCGAAAGAUAAGAGGCAGGCCAGUCGUGCGCCUGGCACGGGAAAGGCAGAGAUCAAGAGGAGCCGGACUGUGCCAGGAGAAAGGGGAAAAGGCACGCAAAAGAAACCACCCGUCGAGCUCGCAUCGGGGGAUGACACGGAGCUACCCACGAAGACGAAACUCGUUGAGCAUACCGCUUCGGAGGCGUGCUUGGACAGGGCAUCAUCUUCGGUUGAGGAAAGCGAAGUCACAAACUCCCGCGACGUCGAUGAAGAUUUGGAGGUCGCCGCGAAACAGCUACUCGCGCAGGUCCUGGCGGACGUGCGCGCAGGUCGAAGGGCGGUGCGGCGACGAAGGCAUUUCCCACGCACAGAUGAGAAGAGCGAACACUGCUCCAUCCCGACGAGGCUCGACGAGAGGGAGACGAGCUCGCUGUCUCCGGCGGUAAGCUUCAUCGGCGAAGAGAACGAGACACGUGCAGUGUACGCCCUCCGCGACUUGAUGGUAGGCGGCGUCGUCUGCCUGCAAAUCAAGGAGUGCGCGCUGGCCCAGCAGUCCCAACUCUCUGUCUGGGUCCUCAACUCCUGCCAUCUUCUUCGCCUUCGCCAGUUCGACCUCGGGAAAGGCGACAGGUCUCUUGCGCUCGUCCUGCCUGACGAGAAAGAUCCCCCCACAAACGAUGAACUCCUUCGGCGAAUCUGCCGGAUGUCACGCCAGCUCUGGACUCAGCGGAAGCAGUCGAGCGACAUUCUCACGCCCUUCCACGCUGUCGACGACUGGCAGGAAACAAUGCUCCCUUACUUUUGGCUGUACGCGCUGCUGGACUGCAUGCUCCUCUACGCUCACAACCACCCUUCAUCUUCCGUCACCCCGUCUUCUUCGUCUGGUCCCUCUCUUCCUGGUUCUGAUAAAUCUGGUGAAUCUCGCCUCUCAUCGAGAGGAGACGGUCCUAGUCUGCCUUUUGCAGGUGCCUCGUACGCCUCAAAGUUGAAGUACCCCCACCUUCUUCGACAGCCACUUGUCCGUGUCUGGAUGCCCCCGCAAGAGCCCCUCCAAGGGAGCGGCACGACUUUGAAGCUUCCCCCUGGAUCGUCCGCCUUCUGUUACGCCUUGCUUGUGGGGCGCGUGGGCGACCGUUGUCUCGUGCGGUGGUUGUCUCGCCGUCAAUUCAGUGAAUACUUGGAGAAGGAUCAGCUGGCGUGUAAAGAGAGUCUGGCUUUCCCAUUUCACGGACGGGACGCAUCGACUUCUUCCUCGACUCGAGCCACAAAUGGUUCGCCUUCCUCCGCCUCUUCUGCUUCGUCUGACCUUGCUGCGGUCUUCUCGCGCUACACAGCGUUGAACCCGUUUCCGCCUCUCUGCCCUGUGUGUGUUCCCCUGUCGUCUUCCUCUUCUUGCCCGUCCUCUGACGGCUCGUUCGCGCCAGGUGUCUCCGCAGGUGGAGCCCAUCAGUCGCAAGUCCCUCGCGGGCGCACUUCGUCCCGGCUAGCUGCGGUUGCGGCGGCGGGGGCGCUGCACGGCGCCGCGUCGGCCUCGUCCUUGUAUUCGGGCGGUCCGGAGAACUCUCCACAGAUGCGGCGAAAGAGAGAGUUGGAAUCGUUUUUUGGCCGAUUCGAUGCAGCCGUGCCUGUCUCGCGAGUGGAGCCUGCAGCCUUUGCCUGGGACUGGAUCCAGGGCCCCUCCGAGGAGAAACCAGACGCCGAGGACGCGCGAGACGAGCGGCAGGGAGCAGAAGGCUCCAGUUUUGACCGCGAGGAGCUAGUCACCAGUGCGAACAGGUCCAGUUCGACACCUCUCAAGAGCAAGGACGGCGCGAAGGACGACCCUGAAGGCAGAGAGAGAGGUGACAUGCCUCCGAUAAAGACCGAAUUCGUGGGCAAAGAAGGCUCAGACAAACGAGACGACAAAAGGCAAAGGGGCGUCGCCAAGGGAGGGGAAGAACGAAAAAGCGAAGAAGGAAUCGGCGUCGGAUCGUGGGUCGAGGUGGAUGUUGGAGGCGAAGAAGAUGCGAGCAAACCGUUUGUGACUGCUAUCGGAGUCGUCUGCCAAAUCGACCAAGCGCCCGUGGGGACGCCGCCUUUGACGCUGCCGCCCUGGCAGGCCCCCAGUUGCGCCUUCAAUCCGCAGGUUGGCCUCGCGGUGGCUGCGUCGCGUUAUUCGAGCUGCGGUCGUUCCACCUCAGGCGCGCAUCGGAGUCUGCUGACCGGCCGUCUCCGCAUCAGUUUGCUUCACACGAAGCCUGCACAGACCGGGGCUGCGCCUUCGCAGGUGGGCAAGGGCGCGUCCUCUCGGACAACUGCCAACCCCGUGGGGAAGCACGCGGCCUCUGGAGGGGGCGGAAAGGGAUGUGACGCAGGCCGCCUCGUGACUGUCUCUUUCAACCGCGUUCGCCCCCUACAGGUCCUCAUGGCUCCUAAGGACGCCUGGACUCUCUCUGCUGUCCGACAACAAAUAGCAAAGGUGAAGGACGACGCUGAACAACACGGAGCUGAAAAACGGAUCUGGGGAUUUGGCGGCGCCCUUGGAUCCUGCGUGCUUCUCCCCAAAGAGUGGGGGAUCGACGCCGCAGAGCGGGACUUCGGUGCCUCUCGGGCGUUCCCUGUUGCGUUGAGUCAUUCGUCCAAAGCUUCCGGCCAAAGUUGUCCGGAGACUCCACCAGCGGCUCCACUGGUUCUCCACUCCAAACUUCUCCACCUUUUAGAGGCCGAUCGACUGGAGUUUGUCCAGAAGGCCAUGCAGCACCCACGCCAGCUAAUUGUACACUUUGGCUUGGGCACUCCGUCGGUUCCAGCCUCCAGUCCUUCCUCAGCAAUUCAUAGCCGCCGGGGGCAUGGAGGCUCGAGUCAGCGAGGCGGGGGUAGUGGGGCCUCUGCGGCCUGUGGACCGUCGUCUGCGGCCUCUCGUACGUCUUCGGAGACAUCACAAGAAGCGUCUCCUCGUCUCGGGUCUUCUACCGCUGACAAGGGUUCGACAGACUCUUCUCAAACAUCCAGCCUUUCGACUGGAGUCGGAGUGAACCCGAACUCUGGGCUCAUGGCAAGUGGUGCCGCGACGGUGAUAUGCGCAGCCAGGGGAGAGAGUUCCCAGGCUGGAGAAGAGAGAAAGGGGACGGCAUCGACUGUAGGCGGCCACCAUGGAAACACGGUUAGUGCAGGUUGGAAUGCACACAUGAAGCACUUGUCACAUGACACGAUUCCUGGGUUUAGGCGCCUGGAUUAUACGCCUUUUCUCUCACCUCCCUCUCCGCAGGCUGGCUUCUUCACACUUCUAGAUGGCCGCGGUGGCGCUAUCCAGAGUCACACCGGCCAAGGGAAGGCGAGAGCCGAGGUCCCAGCUUCUCUUUCCUCGGAGAAGACUUCGGGGGAAGGAGCAGAUCGCAAAACGCAGGGACAGUCCUUACAGGGUGUCGAUUCAGGCUCAGCAUCUCAAGCUGCGUCACAGUGCCCCUCAGUCGGGGAGGGAGCAUCGGCGGGGCGCUCUGCCUCUUCACGCCGCCCCUCCAGUCCUCAGCAGUAUGAGGUCUUUGACCCAGACAGCGCGUGCCGACAGGAUUCGCUUUUCGCAGCAUGCAACGGUUCAGCGGCCGAGGCGCCGCCGCCGGACCGGAAAUCGGGGCCGCCAAGUUUCGGGGCGCCAGGCCCUGGGACGUCUCCUCAGGGGGUCUCCUCUGCAGGCCAGAAGAAACGGUCCACGGGCGGGACGUCGAAAGAGGCAAAGGGAGGACUCGGAGGUUCGAAGACGACCGCGUCUUCGCAGGGAGGGAAGGCUGCGCAAAACAAGCGUUCGCGAUUGGCGUACUCUCCCACGACCGCUGGGAAAGCGCGCUCUGUGGGAAGCGACAAGUCGAUGUCGCCGCCUCCUUUUCGGCUCGACAGAGAGCGCUCGCCGUCGCCAAUCGACGGCGCGACCUGCAGUUUACGCAGUCAACAGGUGGUGUUUCUCGGCGGCAGUUUAUCGGACGCUAUGCAAAUCGACAGCUGCGCAGCGGCGGACGCUUCCGUCUUUCCUUCUUGUUCCACAUCUGUGUUGCAGAGGGGUCUCUCUCGAUCUGGAGAGCGGUCCGCUGUGUCGAGCGUCGCCGCCCGCUCCGAGGCCUGGGUGCCUUGCUCGAAGGACCGAGGCGGAAGUAGACUUGCUGGAGCGAAGGUAGGAGAGAAAUCUGGGAAAGGUGCAAAGAGAGGACGGGAGGCGAAAGCAGAGCGGCCGGGGUCACCUCGAGCGCGAUCUCUUGACAGUUCGGGCGCAAAUCUGGUGCUUUGUGUGGUCAUUUCCGACGACGAAACGGCCGGGAGGAAAAAGCUGUUUACGGGAGAGAGUGACAGAAAGGCGAAGCCAGGUCCGGAGCUGGGUUUGGAGCUCUCCAGACAGGGAACGCAAGGCAAAACGCGCGGAGGAGAUAUCUCUGCUUCUUCCGGGUGUCUGCCGACGCAGGUGAUGGCUCGAGGCCCUCUGGCGGGACGUUUCCACUUGGCAGCUGGCGAGGGCGAGGAGGCCAGGACAACACGCACGAUCCCUGGGCGACGGAGAAGAACUCACUUGGAAACUGCAGAGGGGAAAAGGCGAAAGAUAGACGAGGUGAGAAGAGAACAGGACGCCGACGAGGCACAGCUGCUAUGGCGCCUGUCGCUCCCGUGUCCCGUUCUCUCACCGAGAGAGGAGGAAGGGGAGGUGCGUCUCUCUGGGAUUGACAUCGGUGAGGAAGGAAGCCGCACCGAACUGUAUGCGUUGGACCAGGCCAUACGCCAUACCUCUGCGGAAGGCUCCUCGCAGGUUUCUCGACACGCAAUUGUCCAGGACGCGUCGUCAACUUCGACGAGCCGUGAAUCUUCGCCGGCGUCUUCGCGGUCGUGCUCGCCUCCAGCUUCUCCUGUUGCUGUGUCGUGUGGGGCUCACGCGCCCUUCACGCUCCACCUAUCGCGUGGAACGCCUGAAUCUUUCACGAAGGACUGUCUGUCGUCUCCCGUCUUGGCUGAGAAUCCCCUGCUGCCCCCGGCUCGGCAGCCGCUCGCUGCGGCGGAGUGGCAACUCAUUAAGAACGCUUUGCAUUUACUGCGAGGGCGCGGGGUAUGCGGUCUAAUUUGUGAGGCAGGGGGACCACGUCUGUCUCCGCGUGUGCAGGAAGAAACAGAGCAGCACAUCUGUCUCCCGCUAACCGCAGAUGUGUGGCACGUCGACGAGGACCGGAGCGAUAGCGUUCACUCCGCUACGGCUACGAACGGAGUCGCGCGGGAUUGCAUUAUGGGAGGCGAAGGGGUCUCAAGCAACAGUCUUCAGGCGCGGCCAGAGGGAGAAGGAUCGGUUCUCUCCGAAAACCGCAGGCCGUCCAACGAUCGCCGUUCAGGUGCGGAAGAGGCCAUGGCGCGUUCUGAGGAGCUUCCUAGGGAGCGACCAGCCCGGCCCUGUUUCUGGCGGUUGAAUGAUGACUCUCUGAAUCAACUCCGGUGUUUCUUGGAGUUUUCCGUCAGUCGUCGACAGUUCCGAAUGCUCCAGGAAGAGCAUUUCUCGUCGUGUCCUGCGGCUGUCAAACGGCGGCCUUCGCAGCACACACCAGGACAGCAAAGCCCUCUGUUUUCCUGUUCCUCACACGACGCAGCUGGCAUCCCACAGAACCCCUCGACAAGCUCUGAGGGAGACGCCCUCCCUUCUUCUCGAGAACUCGGUGAGAGAACAAAUGGAAAUGGUGCCGUUUUUCCUCGCUCGUCUUCGGCCGCGUCUGUGUCUCCUCAAGGAGAGGCGAUGCUGAACGGCUCGGCUUGUCGGGCUCCGGAAAACCGUGGGGGUCUGCGGCAAGAAUCUGCCACAUGCAUCUGCUUGGACUGCUGUACGUGCUGCGUGUCCGAUCGGGCGUCGCAGCGCCACGAAUCUUCAGAUAUCCUCGGACCUUUACUGGUUGCGGUGUCGCCGCGUCCUCCAGUCGCUUCUCGAAGAGACAAGAGUAAGUCCAGCAGAUUCUCAGGCGAACGUCCGCCGCCUCCGGAGUCCGCCCCAGCUCGCGCCGCAGUGAUGCGAAGUUCGAGGGCCGGGACGGAGACGGCGUCAGGUGUACCGGGGUUGGAGAGUGGCGUGUCAGGGACCGAGACGGCGGGUGGAGACACUUCGCUGGGGACAGGCUUCAGCGGGGGACCUACGGGCAAUCCGGGGGGCGGCGCCGUGUCUCGCGAAGGCUCUUCAACAACGGCAACGGCAGAGGGGACGGCGACUUCGGGAGCGGGAAAGAAAAGAGGGCGAGGAAAAGGAAACGCAGGGACCGGCGGACACAGUCACGGAUGGAAAUCGAGUUGGGAUCGCGUCGGAGGGGUCAGUGGGGAAUAUCGCAGCGACACCCAGGACAUCUACCGCCGUUAUGCCGAGGCUAUUCUGGAGCAGCAGGCUCGAAGGCGUAGGCGACAGCUGAAGUGUGACGGCCGGCUGGGGUCUUUCGGCUGGCGGCGUGACCAGUUUUUGCGGCAGCUCAGAGAAGGAGGAAUACGAGACGACGUCACUGAUGCCGAGGCCGUUGAAGGGGAACACGAGGAACCGCACGAAACGGACGGUGUCAGUUAUCUGGGCGAAUCAGUGGAAGAUCGUUUGUACCGCGUCAUGUGUCACCUUGCGGAGUCAGGCGACCUCUGGGGAACGCACCGAGGUCGGGAAAACCGACGCUUCGGAGUCGCUCCAGGCUCGUCAGAUCCCACUGCUAGCGGAGCGGGAGGUGACCCGAGUGCCAGCUAUUUCGUGGGAAGAAGGGACAUGCGGCGUCCCUGGGAAAGUGCAGAAGUCGGGCUGUUCGUUUCAGGUGAUGACAUGAGCGGUCUAGACACAGAAAAAGACGAAGAGGAUCCAACUGUGCAACGCCGGCUGCGGCGAGAACGCCGAGCUGCAGCGAAUGAGGCAGCAGCUGCGGCAGCCGCUACCGAGGACGGACCGCCGGGUUCUGGAGCUGGUGGCUCGGUUAGUGCCCGUGGCGGUUCCGUUCCUUCCCCUCAGGAUCAUUCUCGGCAAAACAGGUCUUCGUCUGCGACAGCAGGAGGUACGGCUAAAAAAAUACCGACAAGCAAUCGCCGAGUCGGGAAAUCCCGAAAGGCAUCGGGAAGCCCAUCGGAAACUCCCUUGCCUACUGUCAACUUGCCUCCGAUUGCAAGUUUGUCAGAGGCGUAUGCUGCAGAGCAGCCGUGUCCUGUUCACCUGGAAGAAGUGAUGGACGCUGCGAUCCCUUCCGUGGACGGGGACGGCAGCCGUCGGCGUGAAGAUCUGCUGACGUCCUCGGGGUCUCCGAACGCGCCUCCUCUCGGCGCUGAGUCCUGUCGGGCCCGACAAGGGCGCGAGUCUCAGCAACAAGGUGUGUGCGGACCGUCUAGUGCUUCCUUUACUUCCAGUGAUCAGGCGUGUGCUCAACAGGGAGUGCAUCGAAGGCCGUCGCGAGAGCCAGUCCACCUCGGAACAAGUUCAGGAAUCCCAGGGUCCGCCUCCCAGGCUGGCGCACCGAGUGGCAGUCAGGCCAGUGAUGGGUGGAGUACUCGGACGAACAAACGGACGACUGGAGAUGGGGAUCGUCAAGCAGAACAGGAUGGAUUUCUGACAUCGCCUGAAGUGGAGGCUGCGACACAGGAUCCACAGAUUCCGUCCGAAGCACUCGGAAGAGCCUCGCAAGCGACGUCAGACAAUGCUUUCUCGAGCGACAGCGAGUCAUCUGUCAGCACUGGUGGACCGGCAGCAGCAUCUGAAGGGGGAUCCAUCAGUGAGACCGUCGACGUUUCGUCACCCGCUGCGGUCGGCAGCCCGAGAACAGACGGCGAAGGCAACGGGGAGAGUCAGGGACCUCGAACGGAAGUUCCCUGUGUGUGGAAGCCGGCAAACUCGUGCGGGAAAGGCACGCGCGAGCCCUUGGAGGCAGGAAGUCUCUCUGGAGAUCAGAACAGUUUGUCCCCUGAACACAGGAGCUCACGGGAAUUAAGAACUCAAGAGACGCCGCCACGAGAGUCGGUGCAACCCACCGCCGCUCAGUCGUCUUCUCGAAGAGAACACGACGGGAGUCGACAAGGGGCGCGGCGGGAUCUGUCGCCUGCUGCGGGUGUUGCGCCGCCUCAUGUCAGAGUGUCUUCGUCUUCCCCACGUUCUGUAGGCCGAGAAGGAAAUGGAGCAGACUCUGCGACAGGUCACCGUGCGUCGACGCCCGCGCGGCGCACUCAACUGUACGAGUCGCGGCUUCACGGUUCAGGUUCCCCCGUCGGCUCCAGGUCCGGGCAUGCGAGUCCUCGCAGGCAGGCGACAGCAGGGGGGACCCAGCACGCGAAACUUGGGAAGGGCGCGACAGGAGCGGUGGACCAUGCCAUUACGUUGGGCAGUCUUCAGUUGCAGUUGCAGCACGUGCAGCAUCAGCAGCAUCAACUCGCGAAGUAUCGAGAACAGUUUCAACAGCAUAUCGCGCAGCAGCAGCUCGUUCACCUCCGGCAGUGGGUGCGGCACCCAGCUGCGCCUGCCUACUACGCGGUUCACGGUUUUCCACGCCACGGGCCGGUCUUCGCCACUCAGGCUGCGUUCGGCAGUGGGGGCGGGGGUGGGUGGGGAGCGGGAGGAGCCUCGUUGCACUACUCUCCAGUGCAGGUGCUGCAGUGCGUGUCGGAUUCGGCGCCUGCGCUAGCCAGCACAAGGUGCGUUCCUCGAUCGCAAGCAGGUCCAGAACUUGUUGGUGUCCACGCGACGACGCCGCUGCCAGCCGACGCUGGGCCCCUGACUGUCGCUGUGGCGGAUGUCCGCGCUUCGGCUGUGCCGACCGUUCGAAAAAUCGAGCUUCGACCUGUGCAGGCGCCCGAAGGUCCGUGCCCACCCGGAGCACUAGGAAGCGCGGCAGCAAGUCCUGUAGGUGUAUCAAAGGCAGUCUCGGUUAUCGAUCAACGCUCCUCUCUUGGCAGGGAAAGAGACCCUCGAGGAAUGGAAAACGAGAUGUCCCCCGCCUUUGCGGAGGUGGGACGCCGAGCCGCUGCAGGGAUGAACGGGACUCAUGGAACCGCGGCUUUGGAUGGAGAACGCCUGCCAGAGAGAGGGUACGCUGUGGAACAAGUCAUCGACUUGACCGAAGACGAGUGA